AUGCGCCCUCUCCGCCUACUGCUUUCGCUGUCUACGAGCCUGGUCGCCGUCACGCUCCUCCUAUACAUGGUCGUGGGAACAUCGCAGAAUGAAGAACAGGAACGCAUCUCAGUUGCAUCGAGCCGAGGCAGUUUCAAAGCCAUGUUCUCCUCCCCAUUCCCCAGCUCGUUGUUCCCGCCGUCUGCGAUUAUCAGUUUGACCGACGACAAUUCGACCUUCUUCCUCGCCCGACCCGCUGCCUUCGGCCCCGCGCUACCCAAAGGAGGCUUGAGCGGCUCUCUAUGGAUCGGUAGCGGGUUUGGAGAUGACUCCAUGGGCGCCGGCGGCGAGCUGGGUUGCAGCGACGUUCCGGGCUGGGAAGAUGGCAACGAUGACCUCAUGCGGGCUUCACGGCCAUCGGGCUAUUCCAAAGGAAAAUCAAAGGACACCACACUGGACAGGAGUUUGCCUUCGAAAGAGGGAGACCCUGGCCUUGGCGAAGACAACACCAAGGACGCCGUUGCGGACGAUGGAACGGACGAUCACCUGCAACCGGGGCUUCCGAGCACGCACAUACUGCCACGAAGCAAACACGCCGAUAUACAAUCAUUACAAGAGAGUGCUGAAAUUGCUGGCAAGGUUGUACUCCUCAAGCGAGGGGGUUGUGGUUUCCUGGCCAAAGUUCAAUGGGCACAAUCGCGUGGAGGAGUGGCCGUCAUCGUUGGUGACGACGUGCGUGGCGGCGCCCUCGUUCGUAUGUACGCCAAAGGUGACACCUCUAAUAUCACGAUUCCGUCCCUGUUUACUUCGCACACAACCGCGCAUCUCCUGUCUUCACUCUACCCAGGAGACGGCAUGCUUUCAGAUUCUGCAGCCUCUCAUGCCAGCGUCAAGGACACUGAAAGUCAUGCGACUCUUUCAGAAGCGCCACAAGCUGCACAGACUUCGGCUCACGGGAAGCAACACUCGCUGCCAUCCAAAAAGAAGACUGCGGAGGGACAGCGCUCUAGCUUUUGGCACUCAUUCCUCUCUGCAUUCUUCGGUCAUGGUUUAAGCAACAAGUCUCCCAAGGCUGGCAGCCGACGACUUCCCAAUAGCGGUGACCUGGAAUGGGUCGAGGUCAGUGAUUGGGAAGAUGACCAAAACCCUAUCAAGACAAAAUCGCCAGUGCCCACGACAAGUCCCACCAAACUCGCUGACGGUUUCGUCAUCGGCGAACACGACUGGCGCGAUCCUGACCUUUUGCCACUCACUGCAACUACAAGCGCAUUCACAAAAACGGCUAGCGCAACUCCAAUCUCCCGAAUCUCGAUCGCGCUCGACUACCGUGUCAGAGACUCCCGCCACGUCGACAUCGGUGCAGCAUGCAUCUCGUGA